UGACUUGUUGGCUCUUUUUUCCGCCUGUAUAAAACGGGAAGUUCGCGUAAAAGAAAAUACAGAUGGAGAAGGCUAGCCGGCUCGCUGUGUCACAGAGAGUCCCCUUAAGCCGACGUGACAACUCACAUACUGUCCCUUUGUGACCAGCUUCAUAGGCAGAAUGCCCGGUAUCUGCGUGCUUUGUCUGGCCGCCGCGCUAGCUGCGUUCACCCGGCUGGCAGGCACAGUGGGGCCGGUGGUCCGCUGCGAGCCGUGCGAAGCCAGGGCGCUCCUGCAGUGCACGCCGCUGCCCAAGGACUGCACCGAGCGGCUGAGGGAGCCCGGCUGCGGCUGCUGCAUGACGUGCGCUCUCGGUGAGGGACAGGCGUGUGGAGUGUACACAGCGCGCUGUGGCUCCGGCUUGACCUGCCAGCCCCAGCCGGGGGAGAGCCGACCCCUGCAAGCUCUGCUGCAGGGACGGGGAGUGUGCUCCAGCGCCGCGUCCAAAAAACUCAACAGCAUUCUCAUUCCAACGCAAAAACAAGAUAACGCUGGAAAUCAGGUAGAAGAAGGCUGUUUCAACGCAACCGCGACGGUGACGCCUGGCAUGGCGACCGUGAAGGGUGGGCACAGUCGGGGGUCGAUUGACAGCAGGCCUCCGCUGCACAACAAGCUAAUCCAGAAAGAUCAGAACAAGAAGACUCAAAGCUUCAAGGUGGAAUCGGUUUCAGGGGGAGCCAACAUGGAUAUUCACAACUUCUCCCUGGAGAACAAGAGGGAGACCGAGUAUGGGCCGUGUCGGCGGGAGAUGGAGAGUAUCCUGAGCGAUCUCAAAAUCAGCAACGUGCUCAACCCGAGAGGUUUCCGCAUACCCAACUGUGACAGAAAGGGUUUCUACAAGAAAAAACAGUGCCGUCCAUCAAAAGGCAGGAGGCGGGGCUACUGCUGGUGCGUGGACAAAUACGGGCAGUCUCUUCCCGGCUACGACGGCAGGGAGCGGGGCGAGACGCAGUGCUACAACCUGGAGAGCAAGUGAGAGGACAGAGGGACGACAAGUGGACGGAGGGAGAAAGACAGAGAACAAGCAGGGUGGGGGGGAGAAAGAGCCUAAUUUGCUCUCGCAUGUAGUUUUAUGUAAACAUUUUGAAGGGGGCUCUUGAAGGAUUUUAGGUCCCAUUUCUGUCAGAGAGCUCGGGGGAGGAAAGUGUGGAGCACAAGCCUUCUGUCCAUCACAGCUAUCUGUCCUGUGCUUUUUAAGGAACCUUUAUUCUUUUCUUUAAAGCAAAAAGCUGAGAGAGCAGGGGGAGAAGGAGAGAAUUCUACCAUCACGACUUUUCCACUCACUUUAAACAGGAUGACCCGAAAAAAAAGAAAAAUGCAGCACCACCUUUUCUAUUGUGUGUCUGUGAGUGUGAGUCAGUGUGUGUCUUAAUGUGUGAGCACCCGCAUAACAUACGUGUGCACAGCUGCAUGUCUGUGGCGUGUGAGUAUGUGAGUUCCCAAAAGUGUUUUAUUUCUGUAAAUAACAGUCUUGAGAUCCAAGCCCUCCCUCUGCUCCAUUAAACAAUGCAGAAGAAAAUAAAAAUGCUCUCUGGCUCAGGGUCCAUUUUGAAGUGAAGGAUUAUGGGAUUGGCUUCUUAUCUAGCAGCAAGGGUCCUUCUUGUUGCCUUUGAAUUGCCCUGCUAUAGGGAAGAGAAUAGAGGCAAACAAUGCAGUUACAGUGCCUUGAAAACUGACCUUCCCAUGCCUCCCCUCCCCUUCACCCCCUGUAGUCGUCCAAUAAAGGAAAACUUCACUGAAGAGCUACCUUUUGAGAAUCAAAUACUCCUUCACCACAGUAUAACAGCAGAUUUAAUGCAUGAUCCUAUAUGAACAAAUCAGGUGAAAGAAUUUGGAACAUACUGAGGGCUCCCAUCAGCAAGUGGAUUAAGAUGCAAUAUGUGCCAAAAUAUAACCACGUCUGCAGACAUCUGAUUUGCUGACCACAUCACUGAUAUUUUUUUUCAUAAAUGGCCGCAAAAACAACAAUCUAAAACAAAAAAGUGCAUUACUUUUCCUAGCAUCUGCUAACUUAAUGCCAACAAGACGCAACACAGUGAUGCUACGGAUACGGCUAAACGGAUACUGUUUGCUCAAAAUAACCUCACCUGACAGCUUAGAUGCACACUUUGGAUUGACAAAUAAAGCAGAAGCAAAAAAUGGUAAUUCAGCCUGACCAUCAGAGGCACAGCCUUCAAUGUCAUUGGUAACGGGCAUCGACUAUACAUCACAAUGCCAAUCCAAUGCUGCAGGAAUUAGUCCUAGACCAGGGAAUGAAUUACCAUUUUAGCCUUCCCCGGGUUUCCUUGUCUUGAAAUCGAGAUAAGAUCGGUCAGAUUCUCGAAAUAAGGUCCAUACAAGAUACGAGAUCCAUGCACCACUGUAUUGAGUCUACUGUAACUAAGGCGAGUAUUUCAAACUCAAAAAGGAUGGAUAGGUGAAAUGCCCACAUGCCACCCUGCAGGGAUAAGUCUUCUGUCUCUUUCCCACCACCCACUUUCCAGUCCCUGCCCCUCUGUUCCUCUAGCCUUGUGUCCCAUGUUCUUCCUCGUCCUUGUCCCAUGUCUAUCAUCCAGCUCCGGUGCUGAGUUCCUCCGAUCCUAGGUGUCUUUACCCCCUAUGUAAAGCUGUGCCCUUGUCUGUGUGCCUGAUCCUGUCUCCGACCCACUAACCCGAGCUGUUAGUCCCCACUCCAGCACCCUGCCACACCUUUUCCUGUCAGUGGUGCAUCCUGGUGUAGUCUUGUUUAAACGGGGCAAGCCUGGUGUGACCGGCCCACCCCGCCGCAGGUGCCAGCUGCCCCUAUGCUACAAGCACAAGCACUUAAAGCACUUUAGCUGCGCCGCUACUCGUCAAUGCAUGCAGUUAAAGACAAUUGGACCUAUCUGCAUCUGCAUACCUUUCCUUCAAGGUAAUGUCAGAUGAAUCAGUGUGAUACUGUAAGAAAACAAUAAUAACCCAGGGAGGAAGGGGGGGAAUAGGAAAAAAAGCUACACCAGGACUUCUGACAGCAAACUUUGCAAACACCCCCUCAGAAUUUGUUCCAUUCAAUGCAACUAUUUUCUUUUUUUUUGUUGUUGUUUUCGUAACUUUGGGGAAAAAAACAUGCUUGUAUGAUCAUAUGCCAACAAAUCUCCACAAGGUGGACACAGCACCAAAUAUGCAUUCACACAAGUGGUAGGGGGUCUGAGGGAGGAGGCGGGGUCCUCCCCGAGGAGCUUCCUGCCCGAUGCUCUCCCACAUCCUGUGUAAAGACUUGAAAAGUGGAGAGAGUGCCGACAAAGAAUGCUCGCCCAGUAGCUUGGUAGCAUUACAUCGGCCGUACACCUCCUUUAAUAGAGCGCAGCAACUUAACAACCAACUGUUGGUGCUAUAUCCCAUCUAUUCAAAGACUUGAUGUAGGGGAGGAACAUACAUAAAAAUAUGUUUAAGCUAUUCCCUCCCUAAUAUUUGUAAGUGUGUCUUUUUAUAUAUAUUAUAUAUAUUAUUAUUAUUAUUAUUUCCUGGCCAGCUAAUGUGUCUGACUAGACAUCAUGUACAGUACUGAAAAAUAAAAAUUAUUUAUCUAAGAAAGAAUUAUAAGCUGAUCCAAACUAGGUUUUCUUAUGAACAAUUCAGUGACUCACCGAUUGCACAGCAAAGUCUAUUUGAUUCAGUGUAUUUUGGGGAAUAUAAUCACUAAUGAAUGUUUUAUUUUGUAAUGAACCUUUUUCCUUCUGUUGCUCAGCAGGGUCAUUUGUAAGCUCUGUGCCCAGCAGGCGAGGUUUCAGCCUCAGGCAGAAUCUGUUUCAGUCAGGCACUCAGGUCUCUGGUCAUCUUAGUUCACGGCUUCUUUAGGCCAGUGAACCUCUCACCUCUCCGUCAGUCACUUCUCUCCAUGCACACCCAGCCAUCCCGCCUCAGUCUGUCAGUGCAGAGCCAGUCUCACACUUCUGCAACGUCACUUUCUUUAUCAUCAUUUUGUUUCUCCCUGCUGGUCACGUUAAGAAUCUCUCUGUUCACGGGUAAAUGUAUUUUUGUUUUGUUUUUCAUUUCAAGUUUAUCCUUCAAAGAGUUUUUUUGAUUCAAGCUUUUCAUGAUACUAAACUAGAAAUCAAACAGCUAUUGUUUUCCGAGGAAGAAAAUGAUUUUGAUUCAAGAUAUAAUUUGUAUUUAAUGUCUUUUUUUAAAUAAAAAGUGAACACAUUUUAA